AUGCCACCACAAGCUGACUGCGACAAUGGCAUCACUGCCGUAUCGACUAAUUCCACAGUCACCGAUAUCGAGAAGCAAGUCGAGCACAUUCCGAACAAGAUGCAGCAGGUGAUGGAGGGGCCUGCCACGAAGACAUAUAAAUCAAAUUGGAAUAAACCUGUUCCAUUUUACGUAGCAUUCACCUCUCUCGGCAUAAUGGUUCUGGUAGUAUCGCUUGAUGCCACAAUGCUAGCUGUUGCUAUCCCAGCCAUCACAUCGCAACUCGGCGGCACAACCCUUGAAGCCUUUUGGGCCAGCAUCUCCUUCAUGCUCGGUGUCGUCGUAACACAACCGAUUUACACUAGCGCAUCUGACGUUCUCGGCCGAAAGAUGUCCAUGUAUGCGGCGUGCAUUCUCUUCUUGAUUGGAUCUAUCAUCUUUGCCGUAGCAAAGUCCAUGCCCAUCGUCAUUCUUGGGCGCGUGAUCCAGGGUCUAGGCGGAGGUGGUCUAGACGUCCUUUCCGAGAUUAUUACUGCCGACAUCACGACUUUGAAAGAACGGCCACUCUGGAUUGGACUACACAGUAUACCAAUGGCGGCAGGGACACUUGCAGGCCCCAUAAUCGGUGCAUUACUCAGUGAAUACUCCGAUUGGCGAUGGAUUGGCUGGAUGAACAUACCCAUUCUUGCCGUUGCCGUCAUUUUGGCCUUUUUCUUCCUGGAUCUCAAACCGAUUAGCGGUAGUCUUCGUUCUAGGUUGGGGAGGCUUGACAUGGUUGGCAUGCUUCUGUUUGCCGUCGGCUGCACUCUGUUCUGCCUGCCGCUCAGUUGGGCCGGCGCAAUGUACCCUUGGUCGUCAUGGAAGACGAUCGUACCGCUCCUUGUCGGUGUCAUUUUCAUCCUGGCAUUCUGCGUCUGGGAAUCGAAACCGUCCGAACCUGUUUUUCCGUAUCGAAUCUUUCAGUCUAGAACUGCACAAGUCGCGCUCACCGGGGCCCUCAUCCACGGCAUGAUUACGUACGCCAUCUUGAUAUACGUGCCUCUACAAUUCCAGGCAGUCCUUCUCCAGUCGCCUUUACGAUCCGCUGUUAACGUCCUCCCCAUGUGUGCGAUGGUAGUUACCUUCUCCGGUCUUUCAGCGGUUGGCGUCGAGUACACAAGACGAUACCGCUGGGAGAUUUGGCUAGGCUGGAUCGCUUGCACAGUGGGCACUGGUCUCUGUGUUCUUUGGGACAGAGAGUCUUCCGUUGCCGAGAUUGCUGGGUUCCAGAUCCUCCUUGGCAUCGGCAUUGGCACACUCUUCACGCUCCCCAGCAUUCCGCUUCAGGCCGCCAUGGAAAGCGCUGAUGAUCAUGGGCUAGCAAGUGGGAUUUUGGUAUCUUUCAGGUUGUUCGGUGCUCUCAUUGGUCUGUCCAUGGGAUCGACCAUAUUCAGUAGCAUUUUUGGAAAGAAAAUUGCUCCAUUGCUACCGCUUCCUGAAGCCUUGUCUGCUUUGGAAAAUCCAAGUGAAGCGGUCGGCUUCAUACCAUACUUGAGAGACCUCGAAUCUUCAAUGCCAAUAGAGGUGAUAAGUGCUAUCAAGGCCGUUUACAAUGAUAGCAUGAGGUCGAUUUGGUACACCCUGACAGCAUUUGGUGGAAUUGGACUUAUUCUGUCAUUCUGGAUGGAAGAACUUACGCUUGAGACGGAAGAAUUGGGUAGGCAACACUUUGAAGCUGGUGCACCAAGAAGUGAGAAGCAGUAG